AUGACCAUCUCUGCGCGUACAUGUCACUGGUACAUGUACUUUGCUGCUUUCCGAGCUGGCCAAUCAGCGGCCGACUGUGAGAUCAACAUCAUGGCGGAGGAGAGUGGGGCCGGUUCUGCUUCUGGCGAAACUGCAACGGGAUUUCGUUCACUAUUGAGUUUCAGUAACAUCUCCAAUAUGUUUCUUAUUUUAUGGUGCUUAGCGUCGACGGUCAUUAUUAUUUUGUACGUGGUGCUUCCGCGCGUACUACGCCGAAAGCAAGAUGAUCCGGUUGACGCCCAAAAAUCGGCCGCAAAAGAAACGAAUGCCGAUCAAGAGAAGAAUGACUGUAGCAAGUGGAUCAAUGAAGUCGCGUCUUGGCUAUACCAUAAUUAUAAGCGAAACCCUGACUUAGCUGCAAAUUGGCUAAAAAGCCUGAAUGGAUGUGCAAAACAGGAACCGUCGGAUGGGGUACAGGUUCAAUUUGACAGGCUGCAGAAAGUGGCCACCCCACCCAAGUUCUCUGAUGUACAUCUGAAAACAGAGAAUGGCAACCUGAUAACGGAAUGCACAGUCGAUGCUCAGAACAUUGCGUUUGUCGUCUUUGCGAAAGAAGAGACGGAAAGUGGAUUGAAAACCUCCAACUUCGAUGUCAGAGUGCAGAAAUUGCAGGGAAAGGCCCAGUUUCAUGUGACACAGCAGCAGGGUGACUUGCAUCUAACCGCCUGUUUUCUCAAGUCGCCAGAUGUUACUCUGUCGUCGAACGUACAGACAAAGCAGCAUCCGAACGACCAGUCGACCGAUCCAAGAUGGAGGCGUUGGUGGCGCGGCUGUAUAGGCAGCCCCGAUCAGCGCACCAAGCUGUCGAGCAGCGAACUAAGCAGUCGCCCGCACCGGAGCCGUUGUCGAAGCCAUCAUCACGCUGACCCAAGUCCGCCAGAGUGUCG